GAGCCUAUGCUCGUUCGAUGAUGCUGGACGUGAUUUCAGGAGAAACCUUUAUAUAGCCUGUCCAAAUAACCCGUGACCUAAUUUCAUUUCCAACCCCACUUCCUAAUCUGGCGAGACUGGGCUGGUGACGGCCGAGACCAUCCAAAACUUCUUUCCUCCCACUCACGUCUACCCGUUCUGCUGCUGCUUGCACGCAUUAGCUGCAUCCAAGGGUUGGAAAGCCCUUCGUUGCUCUCGUGCUUCGAAUCAACACACUGGUUUUGGUCAAAAUUUGCUAAAUUGCGUCGUUCUUGGGGAUCAACAGCGUUAUCUCGGCAUCCAAUCCUCCCCCAGGUCGUUUUCGUCCCUCUUCGGAUUGCUUCAAUACCCGAUCGCAUUCCCGGAAUUUUCUUUCUGUCUUAACAGAACGCCGCUCGAAUUCAGAGCGCCAUCUGGGCUCUCCACCUCGGUAUCUUGGCAUACUCCCGAUCUUUUAUAAUUUUAAGUUACAAAGGAUGAUCGGUCCAUUAUCUGGCGAAGAGACCGCAAUCCUUGAAAGACUGGUCAACAUCCGACAUCGUUUAACGGUCCUAAAAGGGAAUCGUGGUGGAUUCAUCAAAGCAAACGAUGUCAUGGAAGUUUACAAUGAUACCGUCAGCGAAGUCAAUCGCCUCAACGAGCUACGAGACCAAGCGCAGUUUGAUCCCAAAAAUAAUCGUGUCGACCAACACUAUCUGACGUAUUUCACCUCCUAUCACUCUUCUUCCUCACAGUGGGUAAAGGAAGGGAAGCACCAGCAACGUAUUGUCAACUACAAACAACUCCUUAUGCACAUGAGCGAAUCGCUGGUAUACAGCGAGACAGAUUUAAUUCCCUUCCAGCGACGCGUGGAAGAACUCAGUGCGAUCAUCCACAAAGAUGGAAUAGAGGAAAAACACCCCGAAGGAAUACAGAUUUUGUUGGAGCGCAAAUUGGAUAGAUGCACCAAAUUGCUGAACACACUUCAUGAGUCGCUGUCAGAUCUAUCACCGGAGCUGGUCCCUAUUCAUCAAACACUCGUCCGUAUUCGGCGGCAACUCGUUGCAUUGGCAGCCAAGCCUAAACCCCCAAAAGCUGAUCUGAAGCCUCUGCAAGAGGAACUGCGACGAAUUGAUGCUGGGCGGGUGGGCGACAGGUUUAUGAUUCCCCAUGAAGAUGGAACCGUCGAUGUCCCAGAAUCUCAAGCCAUAUGUUCUUCCAUCCUUGAGGAAUGCUUUGAAAUUGCGGAGGAAAUCAAGAUCCGUUCCAAUGAGGCCGAAGUAUCACACGCGCUUAAACCCAUUUACGAUCGUUUAUGGGAGACGAGAGCCCACUUGGAGGGGCUUCUUCUCACGCAUCGGUGGACGCUGAGAGAGACUGAUCUCUGGAAUUACGCCAGAGGGUUACAGGAGAUUGACAAAAUGAGAGUAGAUGGCAAAUUUGUUGAUUCAGAUGGCCACAGACCCGAGGGUCAAUAUGUUCUCCUGUAUCUGCUGAGGCGAUGCUAUGGCAUCAUCUACACACUGUUAUCGAGCAGUGAACCUGUCAGCGAAGAACUCAUCCCCAUUGCAAACAAUCUAACGACCAUAAAGAAAUGCCUCAAUGAAGUACUGAAGUACGGGGGUCCCUUCAGUCCGCACGAACUCUACCCGUAUCAACUAUCGUUGCAUAAAAUAGAAUCCUUACGAGUUGACGGCACGUUUCGCGCUCCGGACGGGACAAUCCCUGAAGGGCAAGCUGUGAUAAUGGCACAUUGAACGAGUGUCACGGACUUCUGGAAAUGCUGAAGGAGGCAAUGAUAGAGAAUGAGAAUGCGAAUGAGUAUGAAUAUGACUACGGGGACUACGAGAGAGGGGACCCCGAAGAAUAAGCUGCUUUGGUGUUUGUAUACGUCUGCUUCCUGUAUUCGCUAGCCCCCAUCUCGCCUUUCUCCCACCGGUUUCCAGAGAUUUUUGUAGCCCAAUAGAUGUAACAAUUUAAAAAAUACAUAACAAUGCUG